GCUCUGAGCAUCAGAGCAAAUAUUCCCUUUAAAGGUCACUGUUUACUGCUGGAAUAAGCUACAUUAUUAUAAAUAAUAAAUAUUAUUAUGAUUAUUAUUAUUUAGUACAGUGGUAUUAAAAAGGGUUAUUGGAUGCAGAUCAUAUGCGUAAAAAAUGGUAGACUGGAGACUUUCGACUUUACUUCAAUCGUUUCUGUUCUUCAGUGUCAUUACAGCAUGUGAGGGUGCAUACGCCAAAUAUGCCCAGAAGCUCCUGACGGAUUUAAUGACCAACUACACCAGUGCGCUGAGGCCUGUGGAGGACACAAACACAAUCCUAAAUGUGACUCUACAGGUUACACUCUCACAAAUUAUUGACAUGGAUGAGCGAAAUCAAAUUUUGACAGCAUAUCUAUGGAUAAGGCAAGUGUGGUUUGAUGCACACCUCAAAUGGAAUAAAGAUGAGUACGAUGGACUCGAUACCAUCCGUAUACCUGGUAGUUAUGUAUGGAGACCUGAUAUAGUCCUAUAUAACAGUGCAGACAACCACUUUACCGGCCCAAUGGAUACCAAUGUGGUGAUCCGGCAUGACGGCCAAAUGAUGUGGGAUUCUCCUGCUAUCACAAAGAGUUCAUGCAAAGUGGACGUGUCCUUUUUUCCUUUUGAUGGCCAACAGUGCAGGUUUACCUAUGGCUCUUGGACCUACAACGGAAACCAGCUCGACAUCCUGAACGCCAUGGAGAACGCCGACCUAGCUGACCUGGUGGAAAACGUAGAGUGGGAAGUGCUUGGGAUGCCAGCAAAGAGGAAUAUUGUUCUGUAUGGAUGCUGUGCAGACCCAUACCCAGAUGUGACUUACACGCUGAUGCUCCAGAGAAGAGCGUCCUUUUAUGUUUUCAACCUCCUCAUACCAUGUGUAAUGAUCUCUUUUCUGGCCCCACUGGGUUUCUACUUGCCCGCUGAUUCUGGGGAAAAGGUUUCUUUAGGUGUUACUGUGAUGCUAGCCCUCACUGUCUUUCAGCUGUUGGUUGCCGAAAUUAUGCCACCUUCUGAGAAUGUGCCUCUCAUUGGAAAAUAUUACAUUGCAACGAUGACAAUGAUUACAGCCUCCACUGCUCUGACCAUCUUCAUCAUGAACAUUCACCACUGUGGUCCAGAUGCCAAACCUGUUCCAAAGUGGGCCAAAAAAGUCAUUCUGCAGUAUAUGGCAAGAAUGUGCUUUGUUUAUGAAGUUGGGGAGAACUGUAUGUCAGCAGAGACGGAGAAACAUGAUCCUCCUUUUGGAGGGAACACCAACUGCACCAUGAAUGGGCAGGUAGGACUAGGAAGAGAGGACUGCAUCAUUAACAGUGGUCAAGAGACAGUCAGAUCUGUCAUCACAGAAGAGAAAGAAGAAAAUGAUCAAAUCCUAAGUCCAUUGGGCUCAGUGGGGAAGAACCCUACAAACCAGUACAGCACUUGGAAGAAGGAUAUUUUACUGGACUAUGGGGAACCAGGGGGUCCAAGGAGGUGCAGAAAAGGAGGGGUGAGCGGUGGAGAGAGAAAAGGUCAAGAGAUUUCCUGCAACACCCAUGCCAACGAUGAAUUGCUGCUGCAUAACAUUGAGUACAUUGCCAGCUGUUACAGGGAUCAGAGGGCCAUGCAGAGACGGACUGGGGAAUGGAAGAAAGUAGCCAAAGUUUUAGAUCGCUUCUUCAUGUGGAUGUUUUUCAUAAUGGUGUUUUUCAUGAGCCUGCUUAUCAUGGGCAAAGCUAUCUAGUCAGCACUACUUUUAUGUGGUUGUUAAAACUAUUAAGUCAAACUGGUCAAAUUAGACGUUAAAUAGUGGUUUGUAACUUACUCUUUCUCUGACCCAAAAAAAGGCAACUUUUCUUGUAAAAUAAAAUAAAAAAAUAAAAAAUGUAUAUUUUAUACCUUUGGUUAGUUUUCCUUUGCUCCUCAAAGAAUACAAUGCCAAGAUCUCUAUGAAUGCGAAAUUUUUCAAAAAAUAUUUUUCUAAAGUGACAUAUCUCAUAAAUAAAAAGAUAAUCUCAUAUAAGUCGCAAAAUCAUAUUUAGGAUUGGCCUAAUGUAGAUUCACGCAUCUUUCUAUGAUCAGCUUCCAUAACCCUAAUCAUGAAAAGUCUUCGUACUGCAUGAUUCUGUCACUGCAGUUCUUGCUGUUUUUUUGUUUUUGUUUAUUUUGACUGAAAUUGCUUAUACAUCUGGUACUUUACAGCAUUAGUGAAUCCUGAGUAAUUUGUAGCUUUAGAUUUUAGUUAGGGCUAUGAGAGUAAAUGGAGCUAAAUGAUAUUUAAUGCAACACAUAAUAGAAAUGUGAAAAUAUUUGGGAAACAAGCUUUGUUAGCUGCCUGUCAAUGGUGCCCCCACCUCAUACCAAAGGACACACAAGUUCUUCCACAACUCUUUCCAGAUAGAUAAUUAGAAACUCCUAAGUUUGAGUGUGUAAACAAAAGGAUGUCUGUACCUUCCCUCAUGCAGUACAGACAAUUGUCCAGCCCCCAACUGUAGUGAAAAAGAAUGUACUAGCAAUUGAAAAGAUUGAUAGCUGGAGUAUAUUAAUUAAAGUCAUGAAAUAAAGUAAUUUUUAUGUAAUUCUUCUUUGAGUAAGAAGGAUAAAAAAAACGUGUGUAAAUUCUGGGUCAUAAGAGUCAUGGCAACCACAAAGCAAACUUCGCUCAGUUUUUUUUCUUUUUUAAAGACAUUUCAACACCUAUUCAAGAGACUUUAUUAAUUCU